CAGAGCUGGGCUCAGCGGGUAUCUACUAUCUACAUUCCCCAGGUUUUGCAGAGCUGAGAGCUCCUUCUUCAUAUUUUUUUGUGGGGUAGAGAAGUGGAGGUGAGUGUAUGGAGGUAGCGUUUGCAUCUUUGGUGAUUGGGAUCUUGCUAGGAUUGCUCAUCCUAAUUAUCCCUAAAACUAGAAUGCGCACAAAAUCUGAUCACACCGGAAAGCUCCAAGUAAAUGCCCUAACCAAGGUGCAGAAAGCCUAUAGUAAAUCAGAAGUUGCAUUGCAUAACAAGAGAUCUGAUUGCUGGAUCAUUAUCAAAGACAAGGUUUUUGAUGUUACGUCAUAUGUUGAAGAACAUCCCGGGGGUGAUGCCAUCCUUGCACAUGCUGGUGAUGAUUCAACUGAAGGUUUCUACGGGCCUCAACAUGCUACCCGAGUAUUUGAGAUGAUCGACGAUUUCUGCAUCGGAGAAUUGGAAAAACAAUAAUCCUUGUACACAUUCUUGUGCUCAUUGGAUCCUUCCUCUUGCUGAAGCAUUUCCAUCCAUUACUAUAUCAGAUUGCUUCUGGUUCACUUAAAAAUGGCUCAUUUGAUCAUCUGCACUCCAUAGACGUAUGGGCAAUCUUUAUUUCAUAGAGCUUGGCAAGCAAUUGGUUUGAUUAGCUGCUCUGUUGCCUAAUGAAUCUUGCAUUUGUACUGAAGUUCCCAAUAAAUAUGUAUUAUUUUGGGUUUGAUAGCUCUCUGUUGGCAAGUUGGCUUUUUUAUGUUUAUUGUUUCUUUCCUUAUUUGAUUCUCAUUUUGACAAUGCACUGUUGUUUA